CAAUAACAAUAAAAACAGCUGAAAACAUGAAAAACAUGUUGCAAGAACAGUUUCUCUAAACUUAAGAUUUGUUGUCACUCAAAAAAAAUUCAUCUUUCAUGGCUUCAUUGAAACUACCAGAGAUUGUUCCUUCUCCUAACACAGACACUGAACGUCUAAGAAAUGCUUUCCAAGGAAUUGGAACAAAUGAAAAAGAGUUAAUCUUGGUGUUAGGACAUAGAAAUGCUCAACAGAGGAGGGAAAUCAGAGAAACUUAUCAGAAACUUUACAAUGAAUCACUUCUUGACCGUCUUCAAUCCGAACUCUCCGGUGAUUUUAGAAAUGCUAUAGUUCUCUGGACUUGUGAUCCACCAGAAAGGGAUGCAAAAUUUGCAAGAGAUGCAUUGAAGGUUAAGAGGAAAGGGAUCAAACAGCUGCAGAUUCUGGUUGAAAUAGCAUGCGCGUCGAGUCCAAAUCAUUUGAUGGCAGUUAGGCAGGCUUACUGCUCUCUCUUUGAUUGCUCACUUGAGGAGGACAUUAUAGCCUCAGUUUCUCAGCCACUCACAAAAAUUUUAGUGGGCUUAGUAAGCUCCUUCAGGCAUGAUAAAGUGACAGUAAACUUGGAAGUUGCAAAGUCGGAAGCCGAAAAACUACAUGAAGCAAUCAACAAUAAUAAAUUAGACGAUGAUCACUUUGUUUGGAUACUUAGCACCAGGAAUGUUUUCCAGAUCCGCGAAACUUUUGCAUCCUACAAGCAACUCUAUGGCAAAACAUUUGAAGAGGACAUAAAAACUUGUGGUAAAGGUGAUUUGACAUCACUCUUAAAUGUAGUAGUAUGGUGUAUAGAAUGCCCCGAGAAACAUUUUGCAAAGGUUAUAAGGGAUUCUAUUGUCGGGCUAGGAACUGAUGAAGAUUCACUAAACAGAGCUAUUGUAACUCGAGCUGAAAUCGACUUGUUGAAAGUGAGAUUCGAGUAUGCUAACAUGUACAAAUCAAGUCUUGAUGAUGAUGUCAUUGGAGAUACCUCGGGUGACUACAUGGAAUUCUUGCUGACUUUGCUAGGGAAAGGACCAAAGGGAUACUAAUACAUCACAACAACAAGAACCUUUCAUUCUGUUCUGAGGUUAUUUAUAAUCUUAAUUUGAUGGUUUAAAUUAUGUUGUACAUGUUGGUACAAUAUUUCAGAAGAAUAAAAUUUGCAAGUUGAAACUAAGACUAUAUAUGUGUGUGUUAUUCUGAAUUGGAUUUGUGUGCAUAUCAAUUAAUUGUUCCUUGAUAUUUUUCUGUGAAAACUAAAAGCAAUUGUUGUAUAAAUAAGAAGGUAUUUGAUGAUGUAAAAUAUAUUCAAAUUAUUAUCAUUGAUGUAA